GAUUUGUUCAAACCCCCCGACUCGUUCAAGAAACCCACUUCAAGCUAGUGCCCCAACUCUGAUUGUUAAAAAAGAUGCGAUUCAUUUUGCAAGCAAAAUUUCACUUUUGCAACCGAAUCAGGAAACAAAAGCAGCAUAUACGAUCAUACGAACCUGUGAAGUUUAAGAUCAUGUAAACAAUCGAAGCAGGUGUAAUGAUAAGUGAUUAUGGAAAACCGAAAUGAUGAGAAUGCUGUAAACCACUCGACAACUCUGACAAAUAAACAGAGGGGGAAUGAGGUCACAGUACGACCCGCCACUUUAGACAACCUCUCAAUUCAUCAACUGGCAGCCCAUGGAGAGAUUUCACAACUGGAAUUACAUUUAUCCAAAGACAGCUCUGUACUUAACAGUCAAGAUGAGCGAGGUUUCACACCACUAAUGUGGGCUGCUGCUUUUGGAGAGAUAAUGAUGGUGGAGUUCCUCCUUCAGAAGGGAGCAGAUCCGAGAACACUCGCUAGAGAACGAGAAAGUGCCUUGUCUUUGGCCAGCGCAGGAGGAUUUGCCGAUAUUGUUAAUAUUCUCCUACAACAUGGUGUUGAUAUUGAUUCCUAUGACUGGAAUGGUGGGACCCCUCUUCUGUAUGCAGUUCGUGGGAAUCACACAAAAUGUGUUGAAGCUCUCUUAAUAUGUGGGGCAGAUAUCACGUUUGAGGCAGACUCUGGCUACAGUCCUGUUGCUCUUGCUGUUGCAUUGGGCCACAAAAAAGUGCAAAAACUUCUUGAAGAUCACAUUUUGAAGCUCUUCCGAGAACCAGUUUCAGUGUCUGAAAACACAUGAAGCAGAGGACUGCUUUUACAAGACCUUACAAUAAUCCUGCAUAUUUUAUAGCUUUAUUUUGACAUAG